UCGAUCGCUUGAAAUAAACCAAGUCACCAACACCCGUUUCGUCACACGCGUAUGCGGUCUGACUCCUGGGUUGAAUAACCUUACGAUCUGGCGGUGGAAGCGCAUCAGAGGACCCUUGAUACAUUGUGAACAUGCCCGAUUGACCAAAAUUGUGCUGGGAGAGGGAAACGACAAUCUGGACGAGCUGUUACGAGCCCUGACACUGCCCGCCCUCUCGGAGAUGGAAAUGCAUUACUGCACAUGGAGCAUUUCCGCCUUGACUGCGUUCCUACAGCAAUCGAGAUGCCAACUUCAUGCAAUCACCAUUUUCGGUGGUGAUCCUACAUCCCCAAUUCACUUGUUCCCACUCUACCGUUUCUUAACCCAGCUUCGACAUCUCACAAUUAAUCUUGUCGUCACAGACCAGUCGAUCACCCGUUUGACAACCGAUCAGCUGCUGCUACCCCAUCUCGACACUAUCUGUGUAAACACGAAAAACCCUGUCGUACAAAAGGCGCAUAAGCUUCGACUAUUUGUUGAUCUUUUCCAUUCUCGUUGCGGGUUGGACGGACCAGGGAAAAUCUCUCAGAGUCAGAUGUCCAGUAUUGAAUUUCGCCUGUCCCGUUUACCUGAUGCGCAUGACGAAAGUCUGGAAACCGCUCAUACACUCGUGUCCACGCUUCGGCUCAAAGCACGGAUCUCCAUGGAUAGGAUGAUCGUAUACGCGCAGAUCCAAAGUUGAACCCACAUCCUUAGCCGCGGAUGCCUGUGCGAUCAAAUAGUGCCUUCGAACGUAGGAACGAUGCAAACAUAUCCUUAUUUUUACAACCUGGAAGUCUACCUGUCCUUUAUAAGGGUUUUGAUGCAAGGCCGGGACUUCUUGUCAGGACAGCUUUCUCCCGUCGUUUGUGCCAGU